AUGAGCGAAAUCGAAGCAGUAAAACUAGAUGACACGGGCGGUGCUGGAAUUCAGCUUCUACCCGCCCAUAUGAAACUUCUCGUAAUUCUCUUCUACAGUAUUCUAUGCGUUUUGUGUGUUUAUGGAAACUUGCUAGUGAUUUUAGUCGUAUUGUAUUUUAAACGACUGCGAACCGCCACGAAUAUCUUGAUUUUGAAUUUGGCUGUUGGUGAGUUUUUAUAAAAACUUGGUUUUUUGAUCUACAAAGUGGGAAAAAUCACACUACAAAGUACAUUAGUCAUGUGAUUUUUUCUUUUGGAAACAAGUAAUCGAGAGUACAUACUGUAGGGCACUUCAGAAAUUAUUAGGAAUUUGAUGAACAGGGAAAUAUGGGCCUUGUACAUUAACAAGCCCUAAGCUUAAAGCUAGCUUGUACCUAGACCUAAGCUUUUUCCUAGGGCUAACCCUAAGACUCUAGAAUCUAAACUAGACCUAGAAUUACACCUGAACAUCAAAACAACAUUGCAGCCGACCUUCUGAUAGCCGUCUUCUGCAUGCCAUUCUCCUACUGGCAAGUGUUGAUCUUCGACGAUCAACGUUGGAUUUUCGGGCCCACUAUGUGUUCCCUGUUAGCAUUCCUUCAAGCAAUGCCGGUUUUUCUAUCAGCCUGGACUUUAGUUGUGAUAAGUUUCGACAGAUGGAUGGCGAUCAUGUUUGUGCUGACACCAAGUAUUCGAAUAACAACAAGACGGGCUAUGUAUCUCGUGGUUUUCACGUGGACUUUUAGGUUUGUAGAUCGCGCGAAGCAUUGCUCAUGUUAAAUGUUUCCAGUAUCCUGAUGGCUCUGCCACUUCUCUUCACAACCCGUGCCACUUACAACAACGAAACGCAGACCGAACAUUGUCACGAGGAUUGGACAUAUUUCGGAGACUCUGGCGAACGAAUGAUGCAAUUCUACUCAACUAUGGUGCUUGUACUACAAUAUGUAGUACCGCAAGCAGUUUUGGUCAUAACAUACACACAUAUUGGUAUCAAAAUGUGGAAUAGUCGAGUGCCGGGAAUCACCAGUGGUGCGACAAAGAAAAUGAUUGUUGAUAGACAUGAGAGUGUCAAGAAGCUCAUUCCGAUGGUUAUUUUGAUUUCUGCACUUUUUGCACUUUGUUGGCUUCCACUUUUGCUAUUGAUCAAUGUGUUGCCGGUGAUUUAUCCGAGUAUUAAUAGUUCCAGCAAUAUUUUGUAUUUUUGGUAAGUUGGGUUUUGGCCAGCAUAGUUUUGAAGCUGAAUUAGAGAAGUUCGCUUCGGGAAGAGCGGUACACUCGCACAAGAAGCUCCGGAUAAGUCUCCGGAAGAGUGCUGAACCCAGAGCUAGGACUGGCCGCUUCGCGGAAGACGCUCGGUAUUCCUGCCUAGCUUAAGGCUAGAAACCUAAUCUUCCGCCCAGCAUCCGCAAAGCGGCUAAACUAGAGUUUAAGAUACCUAAAAGCUCAGAAACCUAAGCCCCUGUGCACCGCAACCUUUCGCAAAGCUACUAGCCCAACUCAACCCACAUUUUUGCAGGUGGUUUGCUCACGGGUUGGCAAUGUUGCACUCAAUCGUCAACCCCGUCGUCUACUUUGUCAGAAAUGCCAGAUUCCGUGAAGGUUUCUGCUUUUUCAGCUCGCGUAUUUUACCGUGCGUCGUAAAAUUCCGCGAGUUCCGCCUUCUCAAUGAUAACAACGCGAGCAGAAGGUAAGUUCUAGUAGCUCAAUAAUUCGAGUUUUUGGUUUGUUUUCAAAACUUCUACGAUACAAACUUUUGUGUUAUGUUCAACUUAACACCAUAUUCAUUUUCUUUCGUAAUUCUUUGAUGAGUUCAGUUUUCUUCAGUUUUCGUAACCGCUCACGGUUUUCUGGAAUUGUUAACCCGACAUCGAGUGAAGAAUCACCAGCUGUAAGGAAUUGGUUUUUUUUUUGAAUUUUUUUUGUUGGUGCUUGGUUCAGUUACAGCUUCUAACACUAUUACUAACCAAAUUGCAUGAAUUUUUCAAAAUUUUAAACAAGGGGAAAUUCCCUUCCACAGGGGAAGGGAACAGAUUAUAGAUGAUUUUCAUAGUUUUCAAGCGAGGUAGUUGAAAUAUUGAAUUUUAAUCGUAUUUAUAGGAUAGACAGGGACAAUCAGGAUGAUAUGAGUUUUUAUGACGUUACGUUGUCUAUAAGUGAUUUAGUGACAUUUAUUGGAUAAGCCGAUUGACUAAAGAUCACUUAUGACUAAGGUAAAGCCAUAUUCAAGACUUAACGUUAUCUAUGAGUGACAUUUAAUCGAGUUACACAACCUAAAAGCCACUAAGUCACUUAUGAAUAACAUAAAGUCAUGAAAACUUAUACCACCCGGAUAGUUUUAGACUUCUCUACCUUAUGAAUACAAUUACAACCAAAUAUUUUACCUCACUCGCUGUCACGAUUGUUUGAUGUAAAAACAACAUAGCUACACGUAGAACGAAAACCGAUUUCACACAAAUCACAAAUUUCCGCGAUUCUAACCCCGCACCCUUUUUCUCUCGCUGAUCAACUAAAAUUCAUAUAUUUUCAAAAAAUGCUCCAAUUGCAGAUGUCAUCAAUUGCUCGAAACAGCGGGCGGUCCCGCUCAACUCGCAGUUCUCACACCCACCAACAAUCAUCAUCAUCACCCGCUUCAUCAACAAUCGUCAAAGCUCAUCGAUGCGCGAGUAGCCGAACAGUUCGAGCCACUUCAUCCACCACCGAAACUCGAUCAUUCGUCGUCGACUUCGCGUAAUUGGCAUCGAUUGUUGUUGGAGAAAUUGGCGAAUUGCUAA